GUGUUAAGGUGAUCUUUCAUGGUACAGAGCAGUUAGAGUCAAAGUCUGUAGAAUGGUUAAGGUUAGAUGCUAUCAUCAACAAGGAAGUGGAGACAAAAGAUCAUAAUGGUGGGAUAAAUGACUUUGGGAUCGAAGAAUUUGAUAGUAGAAGGUGUUUCGUU